AUGGCGGGCUUGACAUGCUUGUCUUUAAGUGGUUGUCAUCGGCUUAGAAAGCUUCCGGAAUCUAUUGGGAAAUUGAGGUCAUUGCUCCAGUUGAAUUUACUCUACACAAGAAUCAAAAAAUUACCUAAUACUAUUGGAGAUCUAAAAAGGUUGGAGGAAAUAAAUCUGAGAUUUUCUCAGAUAAGGGAGCUACCAAGCUCCAUUGGCCAACUAAAAGCAUUGCUCAACUUAAACUUGCAGCAUACAAAGAUUACAAAAUUGCCCACUUCUAUUGGAUAUCUUAAAAGGCUUGAAUGCUUAUUUAUGGCUGGGAGUAAGAUAAGAGAGUUAUCGAAGGGCAUAGGGAUGCUGGAGAAUCUUAAAGUAUUGGAUUUCCACAAUUGUAAAAAUCUCGACGGGGAGAUCCCGAGCAAGAUUGGGCGAGCAUCCUCUUUGGAGGUGUUAGACGUUGCUGGUAGGAAGGUGAGCAAAGUGCCAACCACCAUCAAUCAGUUCUAUAAUCUUAAAGAACUUCAUUUCGGAGAUUGUCAUAAGCUUGAAAGGUUGCCAGAACUUCCAGCAAGCCUAAAAGUUCUCUGUUUUGGAGCGGGGACUGUGCUCGGCACCCCAAGACAAACUCCAUCCAAGUGGAGGGAGAAGUCAGCAAAAAUGAAGGAUUGGAGUAUCACAUGGCCUCCUCAGCUUUGGGCACUUGACAUAUAUUGCGAUGAUCCCCGAUCUCUCACUGGGCUUCCUUCUAGUCUCUCUCUUUUGGAAUUGAGAGAUGUCCAGUCACCGAUAAAACAGCCACUCUUUUCCAAUUUGAAAUAUUUGAAACAUUUGUCCAAGUUAACGCUCUUCAGAUGUUGGUCGAAAGAGAUCGAGUUUGAUCGGCUGGAGAAUCUCCUUCGUUUGAAUGUGACUGAAUCUGAACCUCUAAUGAUGCUAUCAGGUCUAUCAAACUUAGGGAAGCUCAAAGAGUUGACAGUGAGGAGUUGCUCGCAGCUAAUCGAGAUUCGAGAUUUGGGAGAAGUGCAAUCGUUAAAAGAAUUAUUAAUUAGGAAAUGCAGCUCCAUAAAAUGGUUACCUGAUCUGUCGAAACUACAUAGGUUGCAGACAUUGCUCCUCUUUAAUUGUGAAUCAUUGCAAGGUUUACCUGAUGUACCAACUACAUGUCAUCCCUAUUUUCAUGGAUGCCCAAUGUUAGGCGAGUCUGGUGACGCCGGACACGAAUUACUUGCAAGGUUUGCUCAGUCGAUCAAGCUCAAAGAAUGGAAGGAAUUUGAACAAUUGGAAGGAUCAUCAUCAGUUUCAGCAGCGCGGCUCCGUCGAGUAGGUCUAUUGAUCAAUCAGAACCUUGAUCAAUCAGAACCGUAA